AUGUUAAAGAAACUGUCUUUAAUAGGCAAAUUCACGUUUAUUUCUAUCAUAUUACAGGCGAUUUUCAUCACUGUCUUGGAAUCUUUCGUUGUUUAUUUUCAUGUCAGUUUUGUUAAACAAUAUCAACUAUCUCGACAAGGUGAUGGAAUAUCUGAAGCAGACUUAAUUUAUCAUGCAAUGCAACGAAAUACUGUUCAGUUAAUAGCCCUAGUCGCAUUCAAUUUUCUUUCAUUAAUCUACGCGGGAAUACAACUUUAUCAACACCAAAUUCUUGAGGAUGAAGGGACUGUAAACGCAACAUAUACACCGGAUACUUCCCUUUUUCCUUUAAACGAUCGGGAUGCACCAAAAAGAUAUUAUGAAGCUAGGAUGCGGCCAAUCGAACAUGCUAUUCUUGGCAUAAUAUCAGUAUUUUCUGUAUAUUUAGCAUUCAUGUCUUACAGGCUUUCCAAAGAAUUUGGUUGGGAAAACUAUAAAACUUAUUCUGCUGAUAUUCUAGUUCGAAACACAUAUUUGUACCUCACAAUUUUACAGACAUUGAUUAAACUUGACGUAUUCUUUAUUGGGUCAUACGCCUUACAACUUAUACCUUCUCAAAAAAUUGUCACUAUGGAAAUGAAAUAUCUCUUAUUAUCGGUGAUCAAUAUUUACUCUCUCUCAUUGAUUUACUGGGUAUAUCGACUUGUAACGGUUAACGUUAUCACUUCAACAGAUGGAACUGAUCCGUAUGAAUUCACUCGACGAUUUCUAAGUUUCUUUUUAGCUACUACAUUCGCACUUGUAGCAAUUACAGUAUUUUAUUCUGUCAUUUGCUUCCGGAAUAUGAUGCGUGGAAUUUAUGUACUUACAGUAUUUGGGCGGUCUGAAAAUGAAGAAGGUAGAAGUCCAUAUUUAGACAUAGGUAAUUUAGAACCUCCUUCACCUAAAAUUAUGUCAAAGAGACAAAGUGCAAUUCAACAACAACGAUUACGAGCACAAGAACCCAAAGUACUUCUAGAUUAA